GUGACUUGUUUCAUAAGUAGCGCCAAAACGUCACAACCACCAAGGAACACACUCCUUUCCAAAACCAUAACCUUUUAAAAACUCAUCACUCUUUGAUUGUCAGAGGAAUAAUGCAUUCCAGCAAGCGUACCAUGACUAGCAAGGCUCAUAUGGAGCCUGAGAAGUCUUCUAUGAGACCAGAACUGCCCGAAGACGUCCAGGGAUCUUUAAUGGACGUGGGUAUGCGAAUUCGUAAGUCCGUGUCUACCGGUUACAAAUCAAAGCAAACGACCUUUCCUGCUUAUAACCAGCCCUUGUAUAAUGGUGUAGCUGAAAAUAUUGCUUUGAGAAACACGACGUUUUCUUUUGAACCCAAUGGUGUGAAGCGCUCAUUUGAAGACGCGGUUCCCAAUUACAACUGGGCGAAUCCUCCUCCCGACUUUGAGGAACCUGAAUGGCUGAAGCCUUUUGAUGUUGUUAUGGAAGGUACCAAUGAACGUCUCUAAACCAUCUCUUUUCUUGCCAAUGAUAAUAUUUGGUUGUAGUUGUUGUUUGUUUGUUUUUCUUGCUAUUCUAAUCAUUUAAAUGCGUGUGUGUGUUGUUUUUCCUUCUUGUAUUUUAUAUCCUCUUUCUAUCAUUUGUCAAUCUAUCUGUUUCGGGUCAAUGUUUUCGUAAUACUUUUAAGAUUGAAAUGACGCCCGGUUUUUAUUUAAUUUCCCCCUUUGUGCAUACGUGUAUGUGUGUGUAUGUGUGUGCUGUUUUAUUUUUCCGUUGUCAAUGGCAAUUCUAAUUUACUUACUAUCAAAUUUCUUUUUGCUGUUGAUUCCUAUGUCCACUAGUUGAAGCAAUGGAAUGUUAUCCUUUCAUUUUUCGACACUUUUUCAUACGCAGUGUUGCUGAUUACGAGCAAAAAGGAUCCUUUCUGUAAUAAGGUACAGAAGAGUAAUAUAGCAAUAAAGAGAUGAUGGAUUCUACUGAUUGAAACAAAGGUAAAAGAAAACCGAAC